GUAGGAAUUUUAUCAACAUUAUUGAUAUCCUAGCUAAAUAAAGUGAGAAAAUUAAGUGGAAAAAAAUGGGAGAAAUUAUAUGCAAUAAGUUUAUAACACUAAAACAUGACAUCGAAGGAGCACCAAAGGAGGAAGAUUUUGAAGUGAUUACUACAAAUAUUAGCAUAUCAUCCAUUGUUAAGCAAGGUUCCAACAUUGUUUUGGUUAAAUGUCUUGAUGUUUCAAUUGAUCCUUACCAAGUUAACCGCAUGAAGAGUUAUAGCCCUUCUCAGAAUUCGAUUAUUCCGGCUUCCAAAUUGGUUCACGGCGAGGAAAUUGAUGGAAAUGGAAUUGGAAAAGUGGUGGUUUCAGGGCAUCCAGAAUUCCGAAAGGAUGAUUUAGUGACGGGACGAUUAAGUUGGGCACAAUAUGUCGUGGUGGAGGAUGUGAAAUUGUUGCGAAAACUCUAUGCGAUGGGAUUUCCCUUGUCAUACCACCUUGGAAUUCUUGGAGUAAGCGGGCUCACGGCAUAUGCUGGGUUAUUUAAACUGGGAAAACCCAAGAAGGGAGAGAGGAUAUUUGUAUCAACUGCUUCAGGAUCCGUGGGCAAUUUAGUAGGACAAUACGCUAAGUUAUUUGGUUGCUAUGUUAUUGGAUGCGCAGGAACCACAGAUAAGGUUGCUUUGUUGAAGGAAAAGCUUGGCUUUGAUGAUGCAUUCAAUUAUAAGGAAGAGAGUGACCUUAAGGUUGCUCUUCAAAGAUACUUCCCAGAAGGAAUUGACAUAUAUUUUGACAACGUGGGUGGAGAAAUGCUAGAAGCAGCCGUUGCAAACAUGAACACCUAUGGUAGGGUGAUUAUUUGCGGUGUAAUAUCAGAGUACACUGAUCCUAAACGACGAGCUGCUCCCGACAUGAUCAACGUCAUUUAUAAGAGGAUCACCAUCCAAGGUUUUCUGGUUUCCGAUUACAAGGAUGAAGAUAACUUCACAGAGUUUGUAUCGACAACAUCAAAAUACCUUAAUGCAGGUCAAAUUCAGGUUCUUGAAGAUAUCUCUAUUGGCGUAGAGAGCAUCCCUUCUGCUUUUGUAGGCCUAUUUUGUGGUCGUAAUGUGGGAAAGACAAUCGUUAAGAUAGCGGAUGAUUGAUUCAUCCGAGUUUCGUCAUAGAUUGACCGAGGCCGGCCUCGUACGUCGUGACUAUUGUUAAAGUAACGAAUUAGUUGUAGAAGAAAUGCUUUUAAAUUGGAAAAUGUUACCAAAUUCUUCAUGUACAUUUAUGUGUUGCAACAUGAUCAUAAAGGGUCCAUUUAAUCCGUA